AUGACGUUAAUUCCCGUUACUACUCCGCCUAUUGGAGUAGAUUUCGACGAAGAAGCUGCGGAUCGAGAUGAAUUUCAUAUGGACAAGUUGGCAACAGAUUUUACGGAGACGGAGGAAUUGAUUCGCCAUAACGUGUACCCAGAAAGCGACGAUGAGGCUGAGGAAAGUGUUCGUAGUGAUGCUGCGAGAAGGGGGUGUGGAAUCGUUCGUGGUGAUGGUUCGAUGUACAAAAGGAGCCUCUACAAUGGAAUCACUUUUAAAGAGUGUGUUCUCGACUAUGCACUGGCAAGCAGAUGUAACCUGAAGCAAUACAGGUAUGAUAGGGAUAGAAUCGGUUUUAAGUGUGUUGGUGCUAAGGGGAAAUGCAUGUGGAAAGUGUAUGCCGCAUCUCUUCACAAUGACUCGAUGUGGAGGAUUACACUCUACAUGAACAAGCAUAUUUGUGUACCUAAUGGAGAGUGUGAAAUGUUUAAGGUCCAAGUCAUAGCUAGGUUAUUUCUUGAUAAGAUUAGAGAAGAACCAGAAUAUUACAUGCCUUUGAAGAUGGAGCAGACAAUAAUGGAGAAGUGGAAGAUAUCAGUUACUAGGGGUCAAUGUCAAGCUGCUAGGAGAAAGGAUUUGGGAUGGAUAGAGCUUGAAUAUGACACUCAGUUUGAACGGCUCAGAGACUAUGGGGCUGAGAUAUUGGAAGCAAAUCAAGGUUCUGUUGUAGAGAUUGAUACGGUGAAGAACGAUGCUGGACAAGAUGUGUUUAAGCGAUUCUAUGUUUGCUUUGAUGUUCUUAGAAGAACAUGGAAAAAAUCAUGCAGACCACUAAUAGGAGUUGAUGGUUGUUUCUUGAAAGAAAAGAUCAAGGGACAGUUGCUGGUUGCUUUAGGGAGAGAUGCUGAUAAUGCUAUUUACCCAAUAGCUUGGUGUGUUGUUCAAGUUGAGAACACGGAUAAUUGGUCAUGGUUUGUGAAUAGGCUGAAGAUUGACUUGGAAUUAGGUGAUGGGGAUGGUUACAUUAUGGUGUCUGAUCGACAAAAGGGGUUGAUUAAGGCGGUUGAGUUAGAGUUACCAAAGAUUGAGCAUCGAAAAUGUGUUAGGCACAUUUAUGGCAAUCUAAAGAAGAAUCAUUUGAAUAAGAAGCGGCUGAAGAAACUCUUCUGGGAUCUAGCUUGGUGCUACAACAGGCAUUCCACAAGAUUGACAGCUAUUGUGAGGAUGUUGAAAAAAACUCUAUCGAGUCCUUCAAUAAUACAAUCAACAAGGCAAGAGAAACCAUUUGUGGCCAUGUUGGAAGCUGUACGAAGGCUUGCCAUGGUUCGGAUUGCUAAACGGUCUGAACUAUCUCAUUCACACGAAGGGAUAUGCACUUCAUAUGUGAAACGUUUCUUGGCUGAAGAGCAUAAGGCAGCUUCUCAGUGCUUUGUAUAUCCCAGCACAAAUGGAGCUUAUGAAGUGUACCUGGGAUAUGACAAACACAUAGUUUGUUUGAAUGAAAGAACUUGUACCUGCAUGAAGUUUCAGAUAUGUGGAAUCCCCUGCGAGCAUGCUUAUGAACUGAUAAUGAAGAAGACAUUGGAAGCUGAAGACUACGUGUGUCAAUGGUUCCGAACUUUCAAGUGGAGGGAGAAUUACACGGAUGGGAUUGUUCCACAAAGAGGUCCACGCUAUUGGCCUUGCACUGGAGGAGAAACUGUCUGCCCACCACCAAGGCCGAAUGAUGAAAAGGUAGACAAGAAGAGGAAGAAGGGUGCUCAUAAGUCACCUACCAAGAAGCAACCAAAACAAAAGAAAAGAAUCAUGCAUUGUGGGAUAUGUGGUGCAGCUGACCAUAACUGUAAGUACCACGAGAAGACCAAAAAGAAGAAUACUACACACGAUGGAACUCAAGUGGAAUCUUCUCAAGGUUGUAUGACUCAAGAGAAGUAA